GUCAGCAGCGUGUCGUUACUGCCGCGCGUGUAAGUUAGGGCGCACCGCAGCAGCAGCAGCUCCUGCAGGAGCAAACACCAAAUAGUGAACACCAAAAGACAAUAACACUCCACCGUUGAAGAGCGAACUAUACGGUGCACGGAUAGGCCACGGUGAACUUUCUCUCUCCUGCCUUGCACGCUCAACCGAAGAGCGGAGAAGAGCAGCAGCCACGAGCUCCUGAUGCUCUCCUCCUCUUCGACGUCGUCGUCGUCGACACAAGUAUUCCUACCUACAUAGCUCGUACAAGUCGUACACCAACAUCAACAGUUUCUCUCACAUGUGCAAUCUAUAGUAAAUUGUAGUGUUAUUAUCGCGUAAUCACGUGCACACAUUACUGCUUAUAUAAAUAAGGAAGGUAACAAACACACUUAAGCAUCGUCUCUCGUCUCCGCUGCCUAUACAGCAUUCCAAAGUGCGUCGUGUGUGCAACUGUGUGCAGUGUGCUGAUCUCCAAAAUCGAAGACUCCAAAGGUGCAGCCUGAUUUGUCGACGUAUAAGAGGCGGGCGGGUGGGCUUCGCUGCGUUAAGCAACUUCUGCCCGAUCAAAAGCCCCGUUUGCGCGUCAUCGUCUCCUAGUGCGCGAAAUCACCAUAGCCUCGCUUGCUCUUCAGGUAGCUGCUAUCAUCGACGUGCAUAUGUAUAUAGCUGUGUGUGCGGUAACAUUAGGGCAUAUAGCUCUACUCGGAGAGCAGUCGGAGCGAAGCCAAAGUAGAGGCGCGCGCAGCUGAAGGAGUAGGUACUUGUUGUGCACCUAGGGUGUCUACUACGAGGAGAGCAUAGGCGGCGCGCGCAUAGAGCCAGACACGCAGGCAGCUGCUCCUCUGCGUGUAUAUAUAGGUACUCUGUAAUAGGUUCCUAUACGUUCCUAGUCGCGUGCUGUUGGUUACUGUACCUGAACCUAUCAUACAUAUACCUACAUCAGUUAUACGGGUAAGCAAGCAGUACUUACAUUACAUUGGACGAAGAGAGAGGGGAGCGGGACGCGCGUGGACGCAGCAACAGCAUCAUCAUCGGCAGGUCAACACCAUCAACAUACCGUACCACAGCCAUCACGAUCGGGCCCCGAUGGAGCUGCGAUUGCAUUCGCCCGCCGGGGCUGACCCUAUCGUCUACCAGUGGCCGCUCACGGCCGUUCACGAUCGUCACGAUGGGGCAAUAGAUGUGGUAGAAACAAUGAGAUGGGUUUGCGAAGAUUUACCAGACUUGAAGCUGCCCCUAGAAAACAACAUACUUCACAAUUAUGAUACACGGGACUAUGAGAGCAUGAAAAACUUGUGUGAUAGGUUCAACCGAGCCAUCGACAGCUUAGUACAAUUGGAAAAGGGCACUAGUUUACCAACCCAUAGGCUAAAUAAGAGGCCGAGUAGAGGUUUACUUAGACACAUACUGCAGCAAACGUACAAUCAGUCCGUUACCGAGCCCGACAAGCUCAAUCAGUAUGAACCUUUUUCACCAGAAGUAUACGGGGAGACGAGUUACGAAUUGGUUUGCCAGAUGAUCGAUCAAAUUGAUGUCACGGAGGACGAUGUUUUUGUAGACUUAGGUUCCGGCGUUGGCCAGGUAGUACUUCAAAUGGCUGCAUCGACUUUCUGUAAAAUUUGCAUUGGUGUAGAGAGGGCGGAAGUACCUUCGAAAUAUGCAGAGAGUAUGGAAGUCAAUUUUCGUAAAUGGCUAAACUGGUAUGGUAAGCGUUGUGGAGAAUACCGAUUGAUCAAAGGAGACUUCCUCACAGACCAGCACAGAGAAAGUAUUACGUCUGCGACAAUAGUUUUUGUUAAUAACUUUGCGUUUGGACCUACCGUCGAUCACCAUCUCAAAGAACGUUUUGCCGAUUUACGUGAUGGUGCACGUAUCGUCUCCUCGAAAUCUUUCUGUCCCUUAAAUUUUAGGAUAACAGACAGAAAUCUCAGUGAUAUCGGUACGAUAAUGCACGUCUCGGAGAUGUCGCCUUUGAAAGGCUCGGUCUCGUGGACUAACAAGCCAGUGUCGUACUACCUGCAUGUGAUCGAUCGUACAAAACUCGAGCGUUACUUCAACCGAUUGAAGAACAACAAGCAAGGGUGCUUCGAUAACGAUAAUUCAGAUUCUGUGAUAAAUAACACUGCCAGCAAUAACCAUAGAAUAUCGAGCAGAGGUGAGCGGGCCAAGCGCGAUUUGUCCCGCCAACUGGAUAACACAAACAGCGAUUCGGAUGCCGAGGAACAUUCUAUCAAGCGGCAGCCCAAGAUGCGUCGGAAAUUAAACAGGAAGGCAGCUACCGCUAGUGCUCCGGGAAACGGACCCCAGCUCCGGACGUCGUCGAGCAGGGGUAGGCAAAAAAGGGGUAGGACAAAAAAGGCGAUUAAUAUAUCGGGCCUGGAUUUGCUGCACAGUCAGACGCUGCUGAGCACGUCGCCCCAGGCGAUUGGCAAGAAACCGCCGCCCGCGCCUGGAACCGUCGAUCAACAGCUCUCGACAAUCUCGCUGGCUUUACAACCUAAUCCGGCAUCCGUGCACGAAGAGCUAAGCAUACCUGCUGCUCCGAACGCAACGCCCUAUGCGUUGCAAAUUCUUCUAGAUUUGUACAGGGAUCAAUUUAUGGCAAUGCUAGACUCGAUGAAAACACAAGAGUACAGAGCCUCCGUGAACGCCGACAUAAUAAAAGAAAAGGAUAGGAACGCAAAAUUAUUAGCGAGAGCUGCCCAGUUGGAAAAGCAAAUAAAAGUCUUGAUAGACGAUAGCGUAGGUCUUUUAAAAGCAAGGAUGACCGAAUUAGGCAUCAAUGCAACGUCACCCGGCGAUCUAUUGGCCAAAGCAAAAGAAAUUGUUCUUAGACAUAAGCAACUUCAGGCAAGAUCAAGUAAACUGCAGUCUGCGGUCUGCACCAUGGAGACUGAACAAAAUAGGUUAGCUACUUUAAGACACCAGGAACUAUUGGAAAAGUUUAAUUUGCCACCACAGCAACAACCUGUAACCUGUCAAUUUCUUAUGAAAGAAAUAUUAUCGUCUCAUGCACAUCGCAAAAUGCUACAAACUCAAAUGUAUAAGUUGGAACAAGAAGUUGGGACAAUGCAGCAGCAGCAGCAGCAACAACAACAACAACAACAACAACAACAACAACAACAACAGCAGCAGCAGCAGCAACAACAACAACAGCAUCAGCAUCAGCACCAACAACAAUCGCAACAACAACAACAACAACAUAAGAGUAGUAGUUCGCGCAAAAGUCGAGAGCGAUCCCGAUCUCAGGAUUGGCCGGACGUUCCUGACGUUGGUAAAAUUCAAGAGAAAAAUCCAGAACUCCUCGCUCAAAAAAUCCUAGAAACCGGACGACAGAUUGAGGCUGGUCGAUUACCCAACAGUCGAGCAACUACUGGAACAGUAACGACAAGUAGCUCGAGACCUCGAUUGCCGCAAGCUACUUUAAGUUUCUCCAGUUCACAACCGUCCACGAUACCGACGCAAUCACAGUCCGUUGUUCGGGAUCAGAAUACUAAUCGAGCUCCUAUUCAAGAGCCUCCAAGGGUAGCAAACUUUGAGGACAGGCUGAAAAGCAUAAUUACGAGUGUACUGAACGAGGAUCAGCAAAACAGGAGUAAGCACCAGAUGCAGCAGCAUAUGCGUAUGCACGGGGACGUUGACAGGAAGCGGCAUAUGUUGCACCUCAAUGCACCAGAUUACUCACAGGUAUCGCCUGCUAAGAUGGCUCUCCGUCGACAUCUCUCUCAGGAACGUCUAACCCCUCACUCGGAACAGCAGCAACACGUCACCGGCUCUAAUUCGGAGGCAAAGCAUCAUCCGCAUCCGUCCACCAAUCACCAUCCACAGCACAGGACAGAGCAAAUGGCCAGCAGUGGAGCUGGGGGUCCGAGUGGACUCUUGGCAACGCGGACGAUCGGUGAUCUGGUGAACGGUGAGAUCGAGCGGACUCUCGAGAUUUCCAAUCACGGUGGUUCGGGCAUGGACAUCAGGCCCGACAGUUUUUCACCCGUCAGUCGACCUGCUAGCGUGGAAGUUGAAAACACGGGAUUGGCUACGCUCGCGCACGUGGCGAGCUACGCGCCUACGCCCUCGGCUUCCGCAAAUUCCGCGUCAUCAGCUGCCACGUCAAGAUCAUCGGUUCUGUAUUCUCCUCAGCAAAAUCAAUCUCAGAGAUACACGCCGGUCCAACUGCCGCGAGCCGACAUUAAGCCUUACCACGAGUCGUACUUCAGUGACAAUCCCUCGCCGUCUAUCAGCCAGUCUCGGGCUACUACUCCAUUGGAAGGCCUGGCAGCAAGGAGGUAUAAUCCAUACGGGUACGGCAGAGAUGGUAGCAGUUCAAAUUCAAGUAAUAACAGCGCAAAUGCUGUGGCCCCUCAAAGCCAACCGUCGAUGUCAGUCAAGACCGAAGCUGUCGUUUCAACGGUCAGUACGAGCGGUGCUCCUUUGAGUCCACCUCUCGUUGACGAACCGCAUCUCACGAAUCCGCGGCAGGGACACGGUGAUGACGAAGUACACUGGCGGGACCGGAUAAGCUCGGGCUUUGACAGACUCGUGGCGUUUGCCUCCACGGAGCUGGACAAGCGUCGUAGGUCUACCGAUGACAGCGGCCUUGGCUCGGACAGUAGCGCCGUUCUGGGCCCCCCUCCGAUCGUACCGUCGCCGGAUGAGGCUCUCGGUCCACCACGAACACCGUCCCCGUCUUCGUCGUCCUCGUCAUCUUCGGUGCCGCUCAAGUAUCAGAGACAGCAGGCCGACCUUUACUUUAAGAAGAGGUUUCACAGAGACUGGAAUCACCAUCACCACCAUCACCACCACAAUCAUCUUCAGUAGCUCCCUUUUGUUCCCUAUAGCUCCGACCUGCCUUUUUGUACAAAAGUAAUGUUUUUCUAAGAGUCUCGAGGGCCCACUGCGUAUCGCCCGUCGUCGAUGUUCUCUAUUUAAGUUGGUCACAACUUUCUCGUGGAUGCAGUCAGAUUUGCUUCAAAGAAGAUGCUUUUUGACGCUUGAGUUGUUGUUGAUGAUGAUUAUUAUUAUUACUUUUUUUUUUCUUUUGUUACUUUUUUAUGUUGGUAACCAA